UCCGCCAUUUCGAGCCGGGUGAAGGCAUACGUGCUUUGUUGUUACAGUCGAGAUCGCACAGGCGCACAUAUACAUAAAUACAUUAACCCAACGACCAAGAUGGAAAAUCAACUGUGUAAGCUGUUUGUCGGCGGGUUAAACGUGCAAACCACCGACGACGGUCUCCGCAAACACUUCGAGCAGUAUGGGACGCUGACUGACUGCGUGGUUGUCCAGAACCAGCAGCUGAAGCGGUCGCGCUGCUUCGGCUUUGUGACCUACUCCACCGCGGAGGAGGCCGACGCCGCCAUGGCUGCCCGGCCGCAUGUGUUGGACGGCAACAAUGUGGAGCUGAAGCGGGCCGUGGCCCGUGAAGAUGCCGGAAAACCCGAGGCUCUGGCCAAGGUGAAGAAGAUCUUCGUCGGCGGUCUGAAAGACGACGUGGAGGAAGAGCACCUCCAAGAGUAUUUCUCCCAGUUCGGCGCGAUCGAAAAGGCCGAAGUGAUCAGCGACAAGCAGACCGGCAAGAAGCGCGGCUUCGGCUUCGUCUACUUCGACGAUAAUGAUUCGGCCGACAAAGCGGUGGUGCUGAAGUUUCACACCAUCAACGGACACAAGGUGGAGGUGAAGAAAGCCCUCACCAAGCAGGAGAUGCAGGCCGCCGGCGGUCGGAGCCGGGGCCGCGGCGGACGGGGAAUGGGAAGGUCUCAAAAUGGCUACGGAGGCGGAAGAGGCGGCUACAGCUAUGGCGGCUACGGGGGGAAUGAUGGAGGAUACGGCGGCGGCUACGGAGGCAACUACGGCGGUGGAUAUGGAGGCUACGGCGAUCAAAUGGGCGGCUACGGCGGCGGGAACGGCUACAAUGAUUUUGGAAGCGGUUACGGCCAGCAGUCCUCUGGCUACGGCCCAAUGAAAGAAUUCACAAAGCAGAUGGAUUUUAAUAAAUUGUUACUUUUAAGUCCUGUUUGAUGAGGAUGGCGCCAGACUGACUUCAGGCUGGCCAAAGCGAGCUGAGAACCGGGGCUCUCUGCCUCAGACCAUGGGUGAGAUCAUGGAAUACCUUUUCACAUGAUGUCCUUUGUCCUGUUGGUGACCCGGAGUAGGCAUGGAGCAGCCUGGAUAAGUUAUGCCUCCAUAUGGGGAAGAAGCACGUGGCAUGCAGAUCGUGCAUGCAGGGUCAGUUUACACAUAGGUGGGCUGCUCAGGGGCCUGGCGCGACCAAAGACCCCCUUGAGGUGUGAUAGUGGGGCUGGAGCAGUUUUGUCAUAUAUCCUAGCUGUCAGAGGAUCCCUACAUGCAAGAAUUUGGUGAUUUUAUUUAUUUAAAAAUGAAUUGUUUAUUUGUAAUUCAAUAAAGUUUAUAAACUGAAAA